AUGGACGGAGAAAAAGUUACAGGUGACGAUUCUUCCAAUUUCUCCAUAAACGCACAACUAGAUUCAACCCCUCGAAUGAAUAUAUUUGGAAGGAAGACGAGAGGUAGGCCAAGGUUAUUCCGAUCAAUUAUUUCACCUAAAUCUUCAAACUUAUCGUCUAUGCCUCAAGCCCCAAUCUCUUCCGCACCCCCACAACUAGCACAUUCAAACUCGUCGGCCAUGUCUCUGCCCCCAAUCUCUUCCGCACUCCCACAACUAGCACCAGAUUUUUCUAGUAACAUAUGUAAAAAAGGUGAGCCUGACAAAAAUAUUGUUGAAGACACUGAUAUACGUUAUUUACAUUUUUAUAAGGGGGAGGACAUAUGUUCGAAGCUAUAUUGGUAUGCUACUAAUAUGCAGAAAAACAUUUGUGUUAUAUCUGCAACGGGUUCAAUAUCAGAAGUUACACUUCAAAAAGGAGACAAUUACUUGUCAACAAUUAAAUAUGAGGGAUUUUAUAAAGUUGUAACAUUAGCAGGGUUGAUUUUGCCCAUUAAGCCAAACACUACCGACUCCACAGUAGCGGACAAACAAGGAGGAUUGAUGGUUUCAUUUGAAGGUGAAGAUGGGCGUUCAGUAAAUGGCUUAGUUUCAAGCUCACUAAUAGCCUAUGAGAAAGUUGAGGUUUUAGCUAGUGUAUACGCGUCUAGACCCGGUGAAUAUAAAACAUGGGAAGAAAUGGAAUCAAGCGAGUCCAUACAACUUUCUUCAUCGGUUCCAAUUGGCUCAAGUCCCAAUUUUCAAUCAAACUUACAAUGGGUCACUAGUACAACAAAUCCUGUAGCCGAAAGAGACGAAGUGACAAGCAACAAUAGAAUUAUGGGUCAAGAGAGUAGUGUCCUUAAACCAAAGGAGACACCGAAAGACAAUCAAAAUCGAAAAGUUCGAAUCUUUAGUCCACGAGGGUUGUUAAAAGUUUCUUUAGUUCAAGGGCAAGAACCGGUGGUUGGAAAUGAUAAUACUGGUGAUAAUGUUGUUAUCCUGUCGGAGCAAAGAGAUUGA